UCUGUCUACGGGUUUGUGCUUACCUCGUAUUUUGGUUUGUUUUCAGCGCGCUCGACUUUCGCGCGGUGCUUUCAUUUCGACGACCUGAAGGCCGUGCCGUGAUAUCUUUUUCUAGUUAUUUAUUGUUAUUUAUUGAAGUAAUAGUCGCCAUGGCAUCUUUCACACCGUUCGACAUGGCUGUCGACGACCUGAAAAGACUAAAUUGUUAUGUUGUGCAAGGGACGGACGUGAUCCUCGGUGUUGUUGCCGACGUUUGCGAAGUUAGCGAAGGUGAGGCAUUAAACGAAAGCGUGGAGGCGUUGAAACGUUGCACGAAAGGUAUGAUCAAGGAAGACUGCGACGCCAACAGUUUUGUGGUAGCAGCAACUGCACUGAAGGCACAGGCCAGGGCGGCCAGCGAAGCCAGCCAACAACUAGAUUGGAAACAAGAGCUUGCCUCUGCAUAUGAAGCUGCAAAACAACGUCAAGGAGACCCAGAAAAUCAUGUGGCAUUCAAGAAUGUCCUUAGGAUUACAAGCAAAGUAGAGGAAGUUUCAUCAUCCCAAGACCCUGAUGACAGCAUGACCAUGACCAUGGACAUUGAGAACGCUCAGUGGAAGGACCCGAUCACCCAGAAAGACAUUGAAGUGCCCGUGAAAAACACAAAGUGCAGCCACAUCUAUGACAAAAACAGCAUCAGCCAGUACAUCAAAGGCACCAGAAACCCGAGGUGCCCAUAUUUGGGCUGCGCCAACAAAGCCACUCUGAAUAUGAAAGACCUGGUGGAUGACCGCUUUGUUGCAAGAAUAUUGAGCGAACGAUCCAAGAAAAAGAAAUGAAUUUGCUGUCGUUCCCAUGCCUCAUUUAACAUGUUCUAUCACAAAUAAAACAAACACAAGUCUGUUUCA